AUGUCGAAAGCCCUCGACACGCGUCGCUUGGCAGAUGCACCUUUCAAGCUGAUUGAAACUCCUGCACAUGCUCAAAAAUCUUCUAAGCCAUAUGACCAAUAUGUUGAAGCUGCUAGUGUAAUGGCGCUGGGACAUAAUGUUUUCAUUCGUGGUAUGAAUAGUAUCUACAAACAAGCACCACAUAUCAAGCCAGAAGACCAUGCCGAUUUCAUCAACUAUGCGAAAUGCUGGGCCGAGAUCCUUGACGCCCACCACAAAAUGGAAGAGACAUCCUUGUUCCCACAAAUUGAAGCAAAGACUGGUGAGAUUGGGAUCAUGGAAGUGAGCGUUGAGCAGCAUCAUGCUUUCCUCCCAGGUCUAGCUGCGUACAAAGAGUACCUUAGUGGAUGUACCAAUAAGCCAGAUACAUUCUCUGGAACGCGGUUGAUUUCCAUUAUCGACUCUUUCGCGCCCGAGCUCUUGAUCCACCUCUCAGAUGAAAUCCCUACAUUGUUAGCUCUAUCGAAGUUCGGAAACCAGCUACGUCUCCUAGAUAUGGUCAAUGCAGAGUCUCAAAAGUCGCCUUUGCAUCAGUCUAUUACAGGCGGCACCCCUUUCUUUUUCCGAAAUCUUGAUGUUGAAUUCGAGGACGGAAUAUGGAAGCAAUGGCCUCCAAUACCAGCUCCUGUGUGGUGGUUCCUGCAGAACUCGUUUGUGGCCUGGAAUUCUAGAUGGUGGAGAUUUGCUGGUUGUGAUGCAAGUGGAAAGUUGAGAGAGCUGCCUACUCUAUGA